AGUCCUGAGAAGACCGCCGCCGCGUAUGAAGGUUAAAGCGUUUUUGCAGGUUACGUGCGCGUAAAAAGCGCUUACCCUGAAGCGUUGUCCUUACCUGUUUGUUUGUUUGCUCCGGGUGCAUACCGUGACUAUGCUCCGCUUUUCCGUGUCUGCCGGUCGUGGCUGUCUCUGCAGUCGUCCCUCUGACCUUUAGUCUGCUGCUCCCAGAGCGGGAGUGUUGGGUUUUCCCGGCGGCGUUGUGCGCUCUGGACUCCGGCUCAUCCUUGGAGAAGUUCCGCCGCAGUCCCAUGCACAGCGCCCUUCUGCUCUCCUCCUGCUGCGAUAAGGAUGCUGGUGAUUUUACACGGUCCAAGUCCACAGGAUUAGCCUUGAGUUGAACAAACGGACCAUGUAACCAGCUCAGAGAUGUUUAUACAUUGUGGCCAUCCAGCGGUGUGACCUCUCACCUUUGACCUGUGAUUUGACUUCUCUACACCCUUACAACUUUAAAACACUCUUCUGAUGUGUUAAGCAACUUUGCUGAACAGUUUGAUGGAGAGCUGGUCGGAUGACAGCUGGAACUGUUGUCAUAACUGGAGGAAUACUGGCCACAGUGAUACUUCUGUGUAUCAUAGCUGUGCUCUGCUACUGUAGACUCCAGUACUACUGCUGUAAGAAGAAUGGGUCUGACAGCGGUUCCAUCUCUCAGCAACACUUUGCCUGCAAUGCCUGCAGUGUCUCCGGCCUGGAUGGGUCGAUUGUCACCCCGCUGUCCAUGUCGCCACCAGAGCCGCCCGGAUCCUCUGACCCAACCAAACCCACAGGGAGGCAACGCACUUACUGCCCCACCUGCUCACCGUAUGACUCGCCCUUCUACAUCCGUACCACUGAUGAAAUGCGCAACGGUGGCGAGCGCAUCACCUACAUGCCCACGCACUAUGAGAACCAGGCGCUGGCCAUGCCGCUGCCCUCUGUCCGAGGCUCCCUGCUGAGGGACACUCACAGAGGGCGGCCUCCAGAGUUUUACACCAACACCAGAGCCGUCAGCACUGAGGUGUGACCAACCCCCGAAAAACCCCAACACCACCCAUACA